AUGAUUUCUCCGGAUCUGAACGUGCCUCGUUAUGGCAUCGCUUUCUCUUGGUAAUAUUCUACGGCUGAAAUUGGCGCUUGGUUGAGUUCCUUUCCCCUUAGUUUUCUAUACAGCCCAUGAGAGAUCAUGUUCGCAAGACCACGUCUCUGCACUCUUUCGUCACGGCCAUCGGCUGUCAAGUUUCUCAGACAGCCCCGAAGUCAAUAUCUUCACGCUACCCCUCCAUUGAGCUAUCCCCGGCGAAAAGACUUCUUCUCAUCCAAUGCAUAUCUCUAUCAGAAGCAAAUGAAAAAUGGCGACACGACCGACGAAGCGGUUCUAGAAUCCCAGAAACAAAGGAGAAGAAGCAAUAGGUCGCCGGCCGCAUCGACGUCACUCCGGAGAGUUGCAGUGGAGGCACAACGGUCGAAGGAUGGAAUGUUAUCCAAAGCCCAGCUCAGGGAGCAGGGGCUCUAUCAGCCCAAGACCGUAACAGCAUAUGCCGUAGCUGAACAGUUCAAUAUACGCAAAGUCAGAGACAUCCUACAGGAGCGAGGCUACGAGCCGGACCCCUACGAGACGGGUCUGUAUCCACAAGUUGUCCACAUUGAGGUUCCUCUAGACUCAAUCCGCCGCCAGAGCAAUCCCAACACCUUAGAUCUGUCACCGAGCGAAGUGGGGGAUGUGUUUGUCUUUCCCUCGGGAACCGUGGUCGCAUGGGCACUACCUGAAGGAUUUACUUCCUUUUUGGCAACCAGGACAUUGUUACCUGCAGCUGAGGGGGCCCAUCUUGACGACUUGGAAACGGAGGACCUUGAGUAUGUUGAAGAUUCUCAACGAGAGAAUAGCAGCAUCAAGGGCGACACCAUCAUCCUGGGGACUAAGCCGGGUAAUGACGGGCCUAGUUCCCACUUACCCGCUCGGCAGUCUGUAGAUACGGUACUUACAAAGGUGGCAUUCUCGUCAGGGCUGGCUCGCAGUACAAAAUUAGCUGUAUUGGAAUCUCUCCUGGCCAAUUACUUUGAGUCUACUCGACCUAUUCCCACGCUCCUAUCCAAGGGCUCACGUCUCCCUUUCACUCGGGACUUCAUUCUUCGCAAGACGGGUCAGCUGCUCAGUGUGCGUGCGCAGCUGAACUUGUACUCGGAGCUCACCGACUCCCUGCCAGAUAUCUUUUGGGACAGUCGGCAUGAGCUGGGAUUAGAAGGGUACUAUGAACAGGUAGGACGAGCGCUCGAUGUGGGGAUCCGUAUCAAGCUCUUGAACGAGAAGAUGGAUUAUGCGCAGGAAAUCGCAAGCGUACUUCGCGAAAGGCUGAGCGAAACGCAUGGACUCCGCCUCGAGUGGAUUAUCAUCUUACUCAUUGCUGUCGAGGUAGGAUUUGAGGUCCUUCGGCUGUGGAAAGAGCGCGUCCACGAACAAGAGGCGAAGAAGGAGCAGAUUACUGGACACUAAAUCUCGACUGUAACCACCAUCUCUACUCAUGUACAUACUCAUCUCAUGGAGUUUUUCGAAUAUGAUACCCCAGGCGUUGUCCAAUUUCCG